AUGAGUGCGCAUGCUUCAACCACUUCGUUCGCUCAACAACAUGCGACCGAUCUGCUGGCAUCGAUAAUCGGCCAAAUGCCAACCGUUCCCAGUGAUGAGCCGGAGCUCAGCCCACCGCCAACCGAUGAGCAGCGAUCGGUUGACGCCAUACAGCAAUCGAAACGUGUGGCCAAGUUGAAGCAAAAGCUGGACCGUCAGAACAACUUUAUGGUGGAGCUGAAGCGGAAGAUCCGUGAAAAGGAAGCGAUGAAACCGAAGGCGGACUGCGAUCGUGAGGAGCUCGCUUUUCUGCGCAAUCGGCUGAAGAAGGAGGCCGAACUGCAGCAAAAGCUGCUGAUGGACGUAAUAGCCGAAAUGCGGAAGGAAGGUAACCAGUGGCAAUCGAUACCACUCUGCCCGGACCAGCUGGAUGAGUACUGUGCCAAUCCGUGGACGAUAGGUUCGGUGCCGGUGGGAGAAGAGAAGCGCUUUUCGUUGGAUUCUACCCUGUCAGCGCUCAGCUCGGACGAACAAGCCGUUGGCACGAGCGAUUGUAUCGACCCGAAGAUGGUGGAACGGUUCGAGAAGGAGCUGAUGAAUCGUGACCGUGUCAUCGAGAUAUUACAGAGCCGGCUCGAUCGGUUGUCGGCGGAUGUGCACAAAGUGUGCCGUGACAAUGAUACGAUACUGGAUCGACAUCCGAAACCCGUUGCACCGAUAACGCCACGGUUCUGCGAGACGGAUCUGAUGCAUCGGUUGGAGUUUUAUCGCACCAACACGGAAACGCUGGGACAGAACUUGGAAGAGAUGGAAAAGGCGUUACACUCCAUCCAGAAGGAGUUGGGCCCGAUGGGAGCGACAGAGUGUACGGUGCCGGCGUCCUGCACGAAAUCUUCCCCUGCUGCGUGUCAGCAAACCGCUGGAGGUGCGGAGCGACCGACGGUUUGCAUGCGAGAUGGCACACCUUCAAGGCGCGAUUCGUGUCCCUUAGUAUGUUCGAAAGACGCGGAAGCCCAGAAGCAGUACGCGAUGCUACUGACAGAGUACACCAAGAAGACCACGGAAUGUCGACAUCUUUGCGAGCGGCUUGCCAAAGUUCAGGCCGGUCCGGACGAUCCGUCACCCGAAGACACUGAGCGUGAAGUGCUGAAGAAGCGCUGUACCGAGUUGCUGGACGAGCAGGAUGAGUUCCGGGUGCUGAUACGUGAGCAAGCCAACCAGCUGGAUGAGUACCGUGCACGGUAUCUGGCCGCCCAGCAGCAGGUUGAGGAGCAACGUCUGCAGAUGGGCAAGCUGCAGGUGACGAAUCGGCGCGUGGAGAAGCAGAUCAACUUUGAAAUCGAGCAGAUUAAGCGCAAGUUCCAGGACAAACUACGCCACCUUACGCCCUACCCGCGUAUGUUGGAAGACGAACAAGCCAACUCCGAAAAGCUUAAACAAUCGAAUGAAACGUUGUUUGCCGAGCUGGAGCGGUCGUUACGGCAGGUGAAGGUGCUGGAGGAGCGUCUACAGCAAGUCCAUGUCGCAAAAGACGGCGAAGUGAAGCAAGCGCUACAGCAAGCCCAAACAGAGCUGGAGCAGGUGCAGGAGCGGUUGAGUGGAGUCGUGAAGGAAAAGCAUCUGGCGGAGGAGGAGGCACUCCGUUGGCAACGCGAGCUGGACGAGUUGCGGACCGAGAGUGCAAAGAUCGUAGAGCGGGCCAAUCAGCGUGUGGAGAGGGAACGAGAAGUGGCGCAGAAGAAGUACAGUCAGCUUGAAAGUGAGUUGGCUCAGUGCCGUGCGGAAGCAUCGUUUACCAUCGGGAACCGCGAGCAGGCAUUGCGCGAGAUGCACACCCAGAUAAAGGUGCUGUCGGCCAGCUUCGACGAUGCGCAGUUGCAGAUCCGUUCACUCCGCAAUCAGUUGGCUUAUCUUCAGAACGAGAAGUUGGUCUGUUUGGCGUAA